UUAUAGAACAACUUUCCUUAAUAAGCAUAACCUAUAAGAGUAACUAUGGAUUUUUCUUUAAGUAAGAUAACUUAAGAUACUGAAUACUUAAAAAAUCUAAUGUAACAUAUUUAGGUAUAUUUGUAAUAACUAUUAAAAGUUAUUCCUGCUUAAGGACCUAAUAAAUUUCAUAGUCAAAAAUGUGAUGAUAUAGUUGUUCCUAUAAAAUAUAGAACAGAUGGUGAGAGAAAUUCUGAUGUACAUAUUUGGGUAGUUGAAAGUCAUGAUACAAAAAAUUUUUUAGCUAGUGCUGUUUAUUGCUAAUUGGAUAAUACUUUGAAAAGAGUUAAUUAUGGCAUAAUUAAAGUAAAUAUGAAUAGAGCAGAUUAAAAUUAACAUAAUUCUGGAUUUAAAAAAGAUUUAAAUAAUCUUUUACAUGAAUGUUUUCAUAUUUUAGGAUUUUCAAGUGGGUUAUAUGAAUAUUGGGUAAAUCCUUUAACUGGAGACUAUUAUGGCGAAGAUAUAAAAAAAUAUUUAAAAACAGUUACUAUAAGGGAAAAAGAAAUUUAAGCCUUGUCUACACCUAAUGUUCUUGCCACUGCUUAAAAAUACUAUAGUUGUCCUACUUUAGAAGGAAUGUUAUUAGAGAAUAUUGGUCCCAAUUAUUAUAUAGGUUCUCAUUGGAAAAAAACCAUAAUGCUUAAUGAAUUAAUGUCUUCCGGUUAAUCUCAAUUAGAUAGUUAAGUUUCUGUUUUUACUAUUGCUUUAUUGAGAGAUAGUGGCUUUUAUGCUGAAGUAAAUGAAAGUAUGGCCGAAGAUAUAUAAUGGGGAAGAAAUAGAGGAUGUGAGUUUGUUCUUUAAUUUUGUUAUUCUGAGACUUAAUAUCCUGAAUAUUAAUAUAAAUAAUAUUAAGUGUAACAAUGCUCUUUUAAGAAUAAUGGUUAUGGAUUAACUACUUCAUCAGCUUAUGUUGAUAAAUGUAAAUAUAUUAAAAAUUAAAUUUAUUGUGAAGAUUAAGAUUAUGCUGGUCCUCUUAAUAAAUUAACUUUUUAAUAUUUUGGUGUUUAAUCGAAAUGCUUAUAAUCAACUGCUAAUGAUGGAAAUUAUUUUAAUAUAAAAAGUGAUUCUCGUCGUUGUCAUUAUGUUUAAUGUUCUCCUGAUUCUACUUAAAUUUUAAUAAUUAUUACUUAAUUGAAUUAUAAAAGAUUAUUCUGUAAUAAAUAAGAUGAAGGUAAAGAAAUUGAAAUUGUUCAAGGAGAACCAUAAUUUGGUCAUAUUUCUUGUCCUGAUAAUUAUAGAGAGUUUUGUGGUUAUACACCUGAAUGUCCUAAGUAUUGUUCUCGAAAGGGUAUUUGCAUAUCUGGAUAAUGCAAAUGUUAAUCAGGAUGGACAGGAUUUGAUUGUAAUGUUGAGUAAAAAAUCUGUCCUUAUUUUAUUUUAGGAUAUAAUCCUUCAUAAUGUGUUAAAACAUGUCCCACUGGUUUUUUUGCAAAUCCUGACAGAGUAUGUAGAGAUGACUGUCCUAAAGGUUUUUACAAAAAUAAUGAAAAUUAAGCAUGUGCUAAUUGUGAUAUUUCAUGUAUAAGAUGUACUGGUCCUACAAUGAAUGAUUGUAUAGAGUGUGGUUUUUUGGCAUUUUUAGAAGAAGGAAAUUGUGUAUAAUAAUGUAGAAAUGAUGAAUUCUAACUAGUAGAUUAAAGAACAUGUAUAAAAUCAGUAAAUUAAGGAUGUGAUUAAUUUUGUGAGAGAUGUAAUUUUACAACUCAUAGCCAAUGUACUUUAUGUUAAGAAUAGUAUUUUCUUAAUUUAAUUACUAGAAAAUGUGUCCCUGCUUAUGAUUGUCCUAAGGGAACAUUCGCCAAUGAUACAACUAAUACAUGUGAAAUAUGUGAACUUACAGGAUGCGAUUAAUGUGCUAAAUGUCCUAAAGGAUGUUUGAAAUGCUCAAGAUAAUGUGUAUCCUUUUGUCCUGAAAAUUAAUUUGCGGAUAUAGAAUAAAGAAAAUGUGUAUCUAUUAUUACAUGUGAAUAGGGUUCUUAUUAUUGGUAAAAUAAAUGUUAUGAUAAAUGUCCUAGAGGAACAUUAACUGAAAAUAAUCAAUGUCUAUUAUGUCCUUAAGGUUGUCUUGAAUGUCCGAGUCAAUAAAUAUGCUCUUAAUGCGAUAAUAAAAAUGGUUGGAUACUUUAAAAUAAUGAAAGUUGUACUAUAAAUAAUUGA